GAAAUAUCACUGAAAAUAAAUUCUGGACAAAGUUGAUUAAUCUUUAUUUCUGUCUUUUCGAGUUGAUAUAUAGAAUAUAUUACUCUGCUUUCAUUCCUUGACUUUCACUAUUGGUUCAAAGAAUCAGGUUAUAUAUAUCACACUUCCCUGUAACAUUCUUCAUUAUCCUGCUAGAGUUCUAGGUUAGACAACAACAAUGAAAGAGAUAAGUAUGGAAAGCAUGAGAAGCGUGGCAAAUAAGCUUGCAAACAUAGAUGAAAAUGGUCCUGCAAAAUGGCUGCCGACAUCUGUACCUCCGCCAGAGACUCCAACUGAGUCCAUGGAGUUUUUAGCAAGAUCAUGGAGUGUUUCAGCAACUGAGCUCUCCAAGGCCCUCUCUACCACCCAUGUGACACCGAAAUUGCCUGAGAAGACGGCAUUUGAUUUUCUUAAAGAUGAACUGAAGCUGAAUGUUGCAGAUACUCAUACCAUCCUUCCAAAUAAUUAUGAAGAUGAACAACCCCAUCGUGGAGAAAGUCCUCCAAUUUCUCCAAGAGGUAGUGAUGACACAAAGGAACUCUUCUUACUUCAUCAAGCACUUCACCCUGAUUUUCUAUCCAAUCAACAGCUGUUAAGAAGUGGGCUAUGCAAAAGCAUAAUAAAAGGGAAAACAAUGGGGAGACGGAUGAAGGAUCAAAGGGAGAGAAAGAAGCAUGAAAUAAGAACUCACAAUGCACAGCUACAUGCUGCAGUGUCAGUAGCAGGUGUGGCUGCUGCUGUUGCGGCUUUAACAGCCUCAAAUGCAACACCAACUGAGGCAUCAUCUGGACAACCAACGGCACCAAUUAGACCAACUACUGCCCUUGCAUCUGCUGCUGCACUAGUAGCAUCACAUUGCAUUGAGAUAGCAGAGGAUAUGGGGGCUGAUCAACAUCAGAUUCUUACAGCUGUUAAUUCUGCAAUAAAUGCAAGGACUAAUGGAGAUAUCAUGACUUUAACAGCAGGAGCAGCUACUGCGCUAAGAGGAGCUGCAACCUUGAAGGCAAGGCUACACAAAGGGUAUGGAGCACCAGGUCUUGCUCUAAGUGAGGAGCAGUCUGAAGAUGGCACAGAAUCAAACUCAAUGACCGCCAUGAACUUUGUGAUGCAGGGUGGAGAGCUUCUGAAACGUACCAGAAAAGGUGAUUUACACUGGAAGCAAGUCUCUUUCAGCAUAAAUUCAACAUUAGAGAUAGUUGUGAAGCUAAAAAGCACGCAUAUAGCAGGGGCUUUCACAAAAAAGAAGAAAUCAGUUACAGUAUCUGGAGUAUAUUCUGAUGUUUUAGCAUGGUCUGGAAGAGAGCGAGAAGACAACAGCGAGCAGAAGGCAUACUUUGGGAUACAAACAGCUGACAGGGUCAUAGAAUUCGAAUGUAAAAACAAAGGCGAAAAACAAAUGUGGACUGAUGGGAUCCAAAAUUUGUUGAAUUGCCGCAUUAGCAUGUAAUUACAAACUACUGUAAGUGUAAGAGUUUCGUUGCAGGUUGGCUGGUAUAAAAUCAGAAAUUUCUUUCA